ACAGCGUGAGUGUGAAGUUCUCCCACAAGACAGGUGCAUAUCAGAGGAUACGGAAAGGCUGGAAGACAUAAAAUAAGAGCUUCAUCAGGAUUGCAAGUUUGGACAGAAAGUCCAUUCCCAGCCAGAAAUAUCCCCAAUAAGGAGAAGUGAAACCACAAGUAAAGAUGAACCUGUUUGUUACCCUCACCGUCCUUGCAGCAUUCGGUGUUAACAUGGCUUUUUCACGAAGACGGUCACCAAAAAAUAAGGACAUUUACAGGGAGAUGUGUCAGUCAGGGGAUGGGAGCAGUUACAGGGGAUAUGUCUCCAAGUCGUCGUACGGUGGCAACUGUCUCAACUGGGACAAGUUUAAACACCCUGGGGGAGCUUUGAAGGGACUUGGCCAUCAUAAUUUCUGCAGGAAUCCUGACCAGAGCUUGAUGCCUUGGUGCCAUGUCAAAAGAGGAAGGAGGACUGUGAGAGAAUUCUGCCUUAUUCCCAGAUGUUCUACAGACACAAUAAAACCUUCCCCAGCUGUUGACACAGAGCUGACAUGCGGUGAGAGGUUCGAGCGGAGGAUGCAUAAAAUUGUGGGCGGAUCUUUCACAUCCAUACAGUCGCACCCAUGGGUGGCAGCUAUCUUUAAGCAGCACUACCAAUUCCUCUGUGGAGGCUCUCUCAUCGCACCAUGCUGGGUUCUCACAGCUGCACACUGCUUUACCGAUGGUGAGGGAACUGAAAUCAAGCAUCUGUCUGUAUACCUGGGGAAGAGCGCCCUCAAUGAGACAGAUGUUGACCGGGAGCAGAGAUUCACUGUGGAAAAACUGAUCAUCCACCAAAAAUAUAAUGAAUCCAGCUUCGACAAUGACAUAGCGCUGUUAAAGCUCAAAAGCAGAAAUGGAGAAUGUGCCAUGAAGUCAGCCUCUGCACGGACAGUUUGUCUUCCUCCAUUUCACACUAAGCUUCCCGCAGGAUUUCAAUGUAGCGUCGCAGGAUUUGGGAGGGAGAGAUACAUGGCAUGGCAGUACUCAAAGUAUUUGAAAGGGGCUGAGGUGAGACUGGUCUCCCAGACUGACUGUAAAAGUGAAUCGUACUAUGGAGAUCGCAUCACCAAGAAUAUGAUCUGUGCUGGGAGCCCUGACUGGAGCGUUGACGCCUGCAAGGGCGACUCUGGUGGUCCUUUGGUGUGUGAAGGGUUUGGCCGGAUGUUUCUGUUCGGAGUGGUGAGCUGGGGUGAGAAAUGUGCCGAGAAAAACAAACCAGGCGUUUACACACAAGUCACCAACUACAACAAGUGGAUCGCAACAAAAACAGGGCUCUCCGAAUACACAAAAGGAAUAAUGUAUCCCAGUAAAUAAAAAGGUGUAGCAGAAAAUUAUCAGGUGGGCAUGGCAUUCUUCUUAAAGGAAAAAUUGGCAGCAGUUUUGUAGGACUGAGUAGGCAAACGUGCACAUGUUGCAGGUUUGGAAACUGAUAGGUGUUGCUAUUAAUGUGUAUUGACAAUAGUUUUGCACAGUGAAAUUUCACUGUAUCAGUUCUGAGUGAUUGUUUUUUAAAAUGUCUUUUGUUAUAUAUAAUAUUUAAUACAUUUUUAUUUUGUUAUGUAUGAACUUUUUAUACUGAGAGUGUGGAUUUCUAAAAUAAGUUAUUACAAAGUUAAUUUAUCUAAUUUAAUUGUAUUAGCAUUUAGAAGGCU